AUGGUCCUCUACGUCUCGACACGGCGUGCGCGUGUGACGCGUCUUGCGCGCGCAAAGGCUCUGCACACGGUCCGUCGCUGUGGCCAACACGGCACUCUGGACUGCCGCUACUUCUUUUACGACGGUACCGGUCGAAAACAGUCACCCUGGCACCACGUGCCGCUGUACGCAGGAGAGGCCGUUGUCCAGUCAGUAGACGCUCCUCCAUCGGCUUUGUGCUACUUUGUCAAUGAGAUCCCAAAAGGCUCGCGCUACAAGAUGGAAAUUGCCGGCGACGAGGCAUUUAAUCCCAUCAAGCAGGACGAACGCAAGGGCGUUCCUCGUCUUUAUCACAGUGCUUCCUUGGUCAAUUACGGCUGCUUGCCGCAGACAUGGGAGGAUCCACGGUAUGUCGAUGAAGCGACGAAAUACGGCGGAGACAAUGACCCGAUUGACGUGUGUGAAAUAGGCACUCGCGUUGCUAAAGUCGGUGAGAUUUAUCCCGUAAAAGUGCUUGGGAUUUUGGGCAUGAUUGACAGUGGGGAGACGGACUGGAAGGUCAUUGCGAUCAAUGCCAAUGAUCCUCUGGCUGAGCAGGUCAAUGAUCUGAGCGAUUUGCGCAAGACGCCACUGCAUGAUGUCGUGUCGCAGGUGCACCGGUGGUUUCGAGAUUACAAGAUUCCCGAUGGAAAACCGCCGAGUGACUUUGCAUUCAAUGGCGAAGCUCAAUCAAGGGAGUUUGCUCUCGAUGUGAUCCAGCAGACGCACGAGAGCUGGAAGCAACUGAUAAGAGACGAGGCAGGUGGCAGCUCAAAACUUUGGACUUGUAUCGCGUGA